CCGGUUAACCGUUAAUAUUGACAACAUCUUAUGAUUCUGUACAUAUUUUACAGCGUACACGUAGUUAGCCAGCUCGUUUUUUAAACUUAAACCAUCUAAUCUUAAAAGGAGGCUACGCGUGAUUGUUUGAUAUUUUCCAAGCACGUAACAUUUCUUCUCCAGUAGUGCAGAAGUGAAACCCUGUAACCUAAUAUGUUCAUAUUGGAAAGAAAGAGUACUUUCAUUCUCUAGUCUGAUGUAAAUCUAUUUAAAAAAUACAUUGAGCUAAGAUAUAAUCGGAUGUUGACACCGGAAACGAGUGCAACACAAUAUGCGUCCCUCCUUUGCGCUCUCUAGCUAACGUUGCUUGUAAAAGAAAUGGCAGCUCAAACGUGUGUUAGAUUAUUUCUUCGCGAAAGUCAGCACGGUCUUCGACUUGGUUCAAGAAUGCUUCCAUAUCUUGCAAGUUGUCUAUGUGGGUGGAUAGCCACAGACUGGGUCCGGAAGAUGAUGAGAUGUAUCAGAAGACAUCAGUGACUGUGAUGCAGAAGGAGUCAAACGGCAAUCCCAUUAUCUACAGCUAUAGCUCGCAAGGGUUCAACAUUGAUGGGAACAGGGUGAUUGGACCCUGUGUCGUUCUGCCACCAGCUAUUCUUCAGUGGAAUGUGAACAGCUAUAAAGACAUUACGUUGGAGAGUUUGGCUCUCUUCUACUUGUUGGAGCCUCGUAUAGAGAUGCUGGUUUUGGGGACAGGGGCUCAUACUGAGCGUCUAGAUCCUAGCAUCCUCUCCUUUCUCAGGAGGAAGGGCAUCGCUGUGGAGGUGCAGGAUACGCCAAAUGCAUGUGCCACCUUCAACUUCCUGUCCAGUGAGAGACGAGUCACAGCUGCUGGGUUGAUCCCACCUCCUCCCUCUGCAGAGUGACAUCAAUCAGCUGAUGUGUGUGACACACAUGGAGACUCUGUAAGAAAGACUGAGGAAGCUAUCUGAAGGAAGACUCUGCGGCAGGGGGCGGAGGGGUGGCAGACGUAUGCAGUACCACUGAGGAGAUUAAACAUGCUAAAUCAGGUUUUACAGUGAGAAAACAAGAGAGAGCAUGAGAGAGAAUCAGAGUCAAAGAGAAUGUGCAUGUCAGCUUUAUAAUGUGUAUUUGUGUAUUAUUGUGUUCGUGUGCAUAAUCUCAAGCAAGGUUGUGGCCAGUCUUCUUUGCAGUGAUGCAGUGAACAUAAGCCUCAUUUAAAAUUCCUCUGUAGGCCAGCCACACAGCUGCCUCCUGCCAUUUCUACACUGAUAACUCGCUCGCCCACCCCCCCGUCUCUCUCUCACACUCUCUUUUUCUCUCUCACUCACUCACUCUCUCGCUCUCUUUUGCUCUCUCUCUCUCUCUCUCUCUCUGAGUGUGUCCUAUAUUCUAUAUAUAUAUAUAUGAGUGUGUCCUAUAGUCACACAGCUGUGGUGUUUUCAUGUCCUUUGUGAAACUUAUCUUUCUUGAUCCCUGUCAUAGUAUGGGCCACUGGUCAAUAUUAAACACCAUACACAUUC